GCCGAGGGUGUCACUUUUUUUCGGUUGCAUGCAGAUUGCUGUCACGGUGUCAGUGUCAAUGUCAUGUCAGUGUCAGUGUCAGUGUCGUCAGUGACACUUGUCAACGAAGUGAAGCUGCUGCAGUUCCCGUCCCAACAAACCAACCGGUGUUUCAGGCAGCAGUGAAAAGUCUUUUAAAACCACCAAGGAAGAAGAAAGGAGAGAACAUUUUUGUUGUAGUUGAAGCUACACAUUAUUCUAGAAUGGCUGAAGAUUUUCUCCAUGAAGAUGAGGAAGAUUGGGCAAACCCGGUGGAGAAUGUGGCAUGUACUGCUGUUACUCCCAAAAAGGCAAUCCAUUCAAAAGGGUUGUCCAAUGAUCAGCAAAGAGUGAAUGUGGGUCAGUUGAAUCAAGACAAUCACAGUCGAACUAUUGUCCAUAUUGAUCUUGAUUGCUACUACGCACAGGUUGAAAUGGUCAGAAAUCCAUCGCUUAGAUCUAAACCACUUGGUAUUCAGCAGAAGUAUCUGUUAGUGACUUGUAACUACGUGGCCAGGUCUCACGGUGUGACUAAACUAAUGAGAAUAACGGAGGCAUUGAAAAGAUGUCCAGAUUUGGUGAUCGUUAGUGGUGAAGACCUUACGCAUUACAGAGAGAUGUCAUACAAAAUUACAGGAAUUCUUCAUCAGUUCAGUCCCUUGGUUGAAAGACUUGGAUUUGAUGAGAAUUUUGUUGAUGUUACUGGCCUCGUUGAAAAACGCUUAAUGCAAGGAGGUAUUGAGGAAGCUGAAGUUAUUGGUCAUCAAUAUGGAGAACAAUCAUCUGAAUCUGACUCAGCCUUUACCAGACCCCAUGACUGCACCUGUGGAUGUCAUCAUAGACUUCUCAUAGGCUCUCACAUUGCCCAAGAGAUGCGGCAAGCUCUAAACAUACAGCUAGGUUUGACUAGCUGUGCUGGUGUAGCACAUAAUAAGCUGUUGGCUAAACUGGUUGGGACAACUCACAAGCCAAAUGACCAGACUACACUAUGGCCGUCUAUGACCAGUCAUCUUAUGGGACGCCUUACUAAGGCUACGCAAGUUCCAGGCAUUGGUUAUUCAUCUGGUAAGAAGCUAGCCUUGUUGGGGAUAACGACAUUGACUGAGCUUAUUGAAGCUCCAUUCUCUUUGCUAAAGGACGAGUUUGGUUACCAGACUGCCUCCAUAAUGUUGAAAUUGUGCCAAGGAAUUGAUGAGUCACCAGUGGUACAGUCUGGUCCCCCUCAGUCAAUAAGUGAUGAAGAUUCUUUCAGGAAGUGCAGUACUCUACAAGAAGCUCAACUCAAGAUCUCCACAUUACUAAAGAGCCUUUCCCAAAGGUUGUUGAAGGAUGGUAGGCAGCCCCAUACACUAAGACUCGCUGUAAGGAAAUACUCUAAGACACAUAAAUGGAGCCGCGAGAGCAGACAGUGUCCUGUACCUGAUGGUAUGCUACACUCAUUGCAAUCAGAUGAGGCAACUGUUCUUGACAAAUUGCUUGACCUUUGCUCAAGUCUUUUUUACAAGAUGGUUGAUGUAUCCCAACCUUUCCAUCUCACUUUGAUCAGUGUGGGCUUUGCCAAAUUCCAGACCCCAACAACCAAGACAAGUGUAUCUGACAUCAGUAAAUUCUUCACACCAAGAUCGGAAAAGAGAGGCUUAGUUAAUGAAUCCAUCAUCAAAGAUGGUUGCACGAACAUUACAGGUGAUGGUGAUUCUAAUCGAUUGGAAACCACGCAAGAAUGUCAAACUCCAACAAUCAAGACGAGUAUGUCUAACAUCAGUAAAUUCUUCACAUCAAGGUCAGUAAAGAGAGACCCAUCAAUCAUCAAAGACGGUUGCACGAGCUCCGCAGGAGCUGGUGAUUCUAAUCGAUUGGAAACCACGCAAGAAUGUCAGGACAUGUUCAAAGUCCACGCUAAACUCCUCUCCAAUGAUGUAUCGCAGGAUGAACUGGGUUCUCCGAAUGGGAGCGCCACUGUGACAGCAUGUACCUACAUGAAAUCGAAUAAUGAAGCUAAAUUAACACAUCCCUCUUCUCGGUCAACAAUGUCUUGUGUGUCAAACACAACCGCUGUGAAGAAGAACACCAAUGGAAACCAAACUUACCAUAAAAAUGAAUCGGAUAUCAAAUCAAUGAAUGAGAAGUCAAGUCCUUCAUUUUCAUCUAAGGCAGAAAACAAAUGUAUGGAUGCCAGCAAAUCUGUUUCUCCCAAGAAAGGGACCUCAUUCUUUGCACUGAAAUCCUACAACAUCCAACCGGAACUGACCGACUCCAAGACAUCUGUGUUGGAACAUUUCAAAAACAAGAUGGAUUCUCAGAAGGAAGAGGAGGUGGUGAGGGUCUCAUCACUUUUUCUUGAAAAUGGACUUUGUCAGCAAAGUACGCCCUCACUGCGAAUAUCGAACGAUAAUAAUUCUCAUGGACACUUUGAAAUAACACAGGAGGAUGAUGAAGAAUUUGUUGAUAAAGGAGAAGUUGAUAACGCAACCCAUCAUGCAGUUCCACCCCACAUAGACCCAUCAGUGUUUUCAGAACUUCCUGCCAACAUACAAGAGGAGAUAUUGAAUGAUUGGCAGAAAAGCAACACUUCGCCGUCAAAAUCCAGCACAGACUGUGAAACAGUUGCGUCAUCUUCAGAGAUGAGGCUUAUGGAGUUCCCUAAUAUAGAUCGUUCAGUAUUUGAAGAACUUCCUCCAGAUAUUCAAAAGGAUGUUUUGGAGCAACAGAAGCAAAAGAAACGAACCCUGGCAAGUAUUUCUCCUACUUCUCAAAAGACGAUGAGUGGAAAAAGACCAAGAAAUUCUAAAACACCAUCAGAAAAGGGUGGGACCAAUGGGAUGAAGAAUAAAUGUAUAAAAGAUUUCUUCUGUCCGAAAUAAAACGACAAUGUUUAAGUAUUCUGGUAUUGGUUCGGUGUAUUAUUGAACCCCAAGUUCAUGAGCUCAAAGGUGGUGCGUGGCCGUUUUUUUGUGGCACAUUAAGAAAACUGGUUUUAUCCUGAUGCUAUUACACGGUGCUGCUAGAUUAAAAAGAGGCAUAGACAUUUCUAUUGUUGAUAAAACAAACUGCACUGGUUAGCACUUGCUGCCGAAUGGUGGCAAAAUAUUUCAUUACAUACAGAUGUUGUGACCGAAUUCAAAAUUUCUGCAAACUUUCAAUUAACGAAAUGCAUCUCAUAAUUGUUUGCGCUUUUUCUAACACUCAAUUUAAAAAAAAAAUCUUGGGCAACAUUCUUGAUUGGCAAAAACUUGGGAUGUGACAUUGCAAGAAAGAUUAAUGGUUUGUGUGAACACGAGGGUACCUAACAUUGUCAAGUGUGAUCAAAGAGCAAUCAAAUAUGAUGUGAUUUGUUAGAUGAAGAUCUUAAAAGUGUAGGACAAUGUAUGUAUAGAGAUGAUCGAUGUUUUUAUGUAUAAAAUGCACAAUGCAGCAAUAUUGAUAAAGAAUAGUAACUAUUUAUAGGUAUUUUUAUUGUAAAGGAACUCAAGGCCAAAGGCAUACAUUAUUUUAUGUGCUUUAUACAUUGCACAGAACGUAUGGCUUUACUUCUAAUCCAAAUGACGAAGCAAUACUGGUCAAGUGUGGGUCAAGACUGGGACCCAAUUUCUGAGAGCUACUUUAGCAGAAAGUGUUACACAUAUUUAACAAUUUCCUGCUAAACAAAAGUAAGCAGGAUACCAGUCACAAAUGGUGCAUGUGAAAUUGUAUUUUAGUUGGUAACCUUAAUCUGCUAAGCAUAGUUUUAGUGUGCUUAGCUACUUUUAUAUAGAAGCUCCAAGAAAUUGGGCCUCAUGUGUACACCAGGGGCCAAUUUCAUAGAGCUGCUUAAGCAAAAAAAUUGCUUAAGCACGAAAAUAGCUCGC